AUGACGCAACAGGACUCAGUGAAUGUGACGGAAAAUGCUGAAUCAACAGUUCAAGCAGUUGACAAUGCGGGCUCUUCGCUUCUUGUUCCCGGUAAAGGUUUCAGACCUUGGGACGAGACCUACCGUGGCCAAGCGGGUUGGGACGCGGGCGGCAGGGGCUACUACUUCGCAUCCGGAAGACCAGACGCCGGCGCAGCUGGUGCUUGGGGCAGACCGCAAUAUAGCAGCAGACCUGAAGUAAGCAAUGGAUGGCAGAACGUCUACCGCGAUCCUUAUGCUAGCGGCGGCGGUGGCGGUGGCUACGCACCAGAUACAGGCUACGGUGGCUACCGGCAGGACUCAGGAGCCAGCUACGGCCGGCCUAGUGGCUGGCACAGUGUGAGCGCACGGCCUUAUAGAGACCAGAGCGGAGUAAACUCCUUGGACACCAGACCAGCUUACAACCAGCCAUCCCGCACCCAAUCCAACGCUUACGGACAAGAUAAUCGUGGCCAAUCCUACGGCCAGGCCAAUUAUGGCCAAGCCACUUAUGGUCAGUCCACGUCUGGAAGCAGCAGCACUACCCCUGGGACCAGCUACUUGUAUCAGCGGGAAGAUGAACAAGUGACGACGAAAAUAGUUGAUGAGAUCACUAAGCCGCCAUCUUAAAUGUUGAGCUGGAAAAAGACCCUUAACCCUUAUAGAG